CAGGUACGGAUCUUGGCCAAUCGAGUGUUAUUGAUCCUGUCCGUGCUACCUGCCCAGGAUGGAUUCAGGCUUCCCAUAUACUGAUCAACCAGGCUUGCCGGCAUCCGAAGAAUCGCUUAAGACUGCCACAGCAGAAUUAUCAUUAAGCAUCUUUGGCAAUGCCUUCGACGUUAAUCAAGCACCUUGGAAUUAUGCGGCCCCAGACUUUCAAGCCACCAUAAGCUUAUCUGACAGGAAGAACCUCCAACUCUCCGAGCUUGUUGAAGUGCUCAAAUCAGCACAAGACGAGUUGGAUAACACGACUGCUCGUGUUCUCAGCAGUCAUGCAGUCGUCCAUAGUGCAAAAGACUCAGCAGAGUGCUACGGGAUCUUGGAAACGCGAAUCAAUUCUUCGAUCCCAAGUAAACCCCACCAAUACAUGACCAAAGCUAUAUGGAAACGCCAGACCAACGGCCGCUGGCUCAUCACGAACUUCAGCCUGCUACAACGCCCGGCAGGUGCUUCCAAUUCCACGUUCACCACAGGUCUCUUCACGCCGCCAGAAACACCAGGUGGAGAACACAGGCCGCUCGGAGUCGCAAUUGGGGAUACCCUUCAGGAGAUGACAGCACAAUACUCGCAAGCAAUUAAUAGCCAUCAAUUCGACAUCUCCCAGCCUCCAUGGAGUUACAUCAAAAAGGACAAAUUUCGCGCUUCGAUGCCACCGGCGGAAGACCACAGAAUGACUUUGGAGGAGAUGCUGAAGUUUUUGGGGGCGGUUUGCAAGCACAGCCCAACUGCUCACAGUACGAUUCUGGAUAGCAAUGUUGUGGUGAGAGAACACAUCGGGUGGGCGGAGGUUUGGCAGAAUUUGGAAUUGAGAGAUACAGCGAGAAGCAAGGGAGUGGUGCAUAGUUACAUUGAGAAGAUGGUAUGGGAAAGGCAAGAUGAUGGGGCUUGGCUUGCGGUGGAAUAUAAGAAUAUUCAGGGGCUGGAUCGAGCUGGACUCCCGAGGUGAUGGGCACAUCUUAGAUGGAAGGCUUGAGUGGCGGCUUUGUGGAUUUGCAGUGGACAAGGCAGACACCAAUCUGCAGUGAGGUUUGAUUUUGCGACGACGCUGCGAGCAAACAACACCGGGAAAUAUUGCAGACUCUGGCCAGGUAAUGGCAAGAACAGCAACGCUGAAAC